GGGGCUGCAGCGCCCGGAGCUCGUCUGCGUCUGCCCGGGGCGAGCCGAGCCGAGCCGAGCCGGGAGGAUGAGGUCGUCCUGCGUGCUGCUCACCGCGCUGGUGGCGCUGGCCGCCUACUACGUCUACAUCCCGCUGCCCGGCUCCGUGUCCGAUCCCUGGAAGCUGAUGCUGCUGGACGCGACCUUCCGGGGCGCACAGCAAGUGAGUAACCUGAUACACUCCCUGGGCCUGAGCCACCAUCUUCUGGCGCUGAAUUUCAUCAUCGUUUCUUUCGGCAAGAAAAGCGCAUGGUCGUCUGCCCACGUGAAGGUGACGGACACGGAUUUCGGCGGCGUGGAGGUCAGGGUGUUCGAAGGCUCUGCGAAGCCUGGAGAGCGGCUGAAACGCGGUGUCGUCUAUAUCCACGGAGGGGGCUGGGCCUUGGCGAGCGCAAAAAUCAGGUAUUACGACGAGCUGUGCACAGCCAUGGCCGAGAGACUGAAUGCUGUCAUCGUCUCCAUCGAGUAUAGGCUAGUUCCAAAGGUUUAUUUUCCUGAGCAAAUUCAUGACGUGGCACGUGCCACAAAGUAUUUCCUGCAGCCCGAAGUCCUGAGGAAGUACACGGUAGACCCGAGCAGGAUCGGCAUAUCUGGUGACAGCGCUGGUGGGAAUCUGGCUGCUGCCCUGGGGCAACAGUUCAGUCAAGACGCCACCCUGAAAAAUAAGCUCAAGCUGCAAGCUUUAAUUUACCCGGUUCUUCAAGCCUUGGAUUUUAACACACCCUCCUACCAGCAAAACGUCAACACCCCAAUCCUGCCCCGCUAUGUCAUGGUAAAGUACUGGGUGGACUAUUUCAAAGGCAACUACGACUUCGUGCAGGCGAUGAUCGUUAACAACCACACUUCUCUGGACGUGGCAGAGGCUGCCGCACUCCGGGCCCGUCUGAACUGGACAUCCCUCCUGCCGGCCUCCAUCACAAAGAACUACGAGCCGGUGGUGCAGGCCACGGGCGACGCGAGGAUCAUCCGGGAGCUGCCGCAGUUGCUGGACGCCCGCGCUGCGCCGCUCAUCGCGGACCCGGAAGUGCUGCAGCACCUGCCCAAGACUUACAUCCUGACGUGCGAGCACGACGUCCUGCGCGACGACGGCAUCAUGUACGCCAAGCGUUUGGAGAGUGUCGGCGUGGACGUGACCCUGGACCACUUUGACGAUGGCUUCCACGGCUGCAUGAUUUUCACCAGUUGGCCCACCAACUUCUCGGUGGGAAUCCGGACUAGGAAUAGUUACAUCAAGUGGUUGGAUCAAAACCUGUAAAGAAGGGAAACUUCCAGAAGGCUCAAGCCCUUCUAGAUUUCGUGCACCUGCUUUGGAAACGUAUGCACUUUGUGAUCGAUGAAUCCUACCCCUCGCACUCUGUUACUCGUAAGUUAUGGAAUCUCUUCUCCCUGCAGACUUCAGGAUCUAAUUUUAAAAAUGAAUUUGACUGACUUAAGUGCAAAAACAUUCGAGUUUGGUCCCCAAAGGGGCCAGUCUCUCUGUUAUUUUUAAUCAAGUACAACCGAUACCCACAGCUACAGAAAGCAGAACUAGGAACUGGAAAUAGCUUUGGGUCCUGCCUUUAUCAAGAUAGUCUUUUCAGAAGAAAUCCUGCCAGCUGUGGCUGAUACAACGAUCUUCAAUAAUUUAAGAAAAUGUGGGCUCUUCUUCGACACGUGGGAGUUUACCUUGGGUUCAGAGCGGUGAUAAACGUGUUCACUUUCAGCUCAGUGCUGGGGACCAAGUGCCCUCUGUUCUCCGCGGAUGGAUGAUUUCGUUUCCUAUGGGAAUUUCGGCAAAAGCUUUCUAGCAAGGACUCAUUUCUCAAAGAAUGUUCUUGCUUUAGAGGGUUAAUUUUGAGAGAGAAUUAUCUUUAAGUCCAGUUGGAUUAUAAUGAUACUUGAAAGUUACUUUCUACACUAUUAUUAGAAAAUAGGAGGUUGCAUGCACUGGAUAUUCAUACAUUGUUAAGUUUCUGUUGUUUUGGUUGUGUUGUCUCAUUGGGGAGAUCAUUUGGAUGCAAAUUUAUUUAGAUGUAGAAUAUAAUUUCCUCUUCAGCACUAGGAAAAGCAGAGAAAUAAAACAACCAAUUGUUCAUAGAAACACUUCUGACAUAAAUUGGCAGUGUGUAUAUGUUUGGCAUAGUCAGAAAAUACAUUUAUUAGUUUAAACUGAUGAAGAAUACCUUUAGAAGAUUUUGUCUAUUGUUGAAAACUCAACUUUUUCACUUAUGGCUUUAAAAUGGGACUAUUUUGGUAUAAUGUAUGGUUUAUUUUUAAAAGUUAUUUAAUGUUAAUAUAUGUAAUUAGACUUAGGAUUUUGGGGAAAGACAUCUGUAAUAUUUAAAAUAAUGGUAUUUUUAAAAAAAACUACUAUCAUAGGGUUUAAACAAUGAUCUUAGAGUUAUAGCCACAUGUAAUUUUAUGGGAAGAUAUAAAAUAGCUAUUAAUACUAUUUCACAUUAGGCCUGACGACUUUGAUGUUUCUAUGCAUAUAUGAGCUCAGAUACUUAGGAGCCGUGAGUGCACCUGGGAAGCCGUCCAGCUCACUCGUCCAGUAGCUCAGGCAGGACACGGUGCUCACCUCCACUCCCCACGGUGGAGGAGGACUGGCAUCGUCCUGAGUGGGGGUCUGUCGGUACCUGUGUCCCCACCCCUCGUUUCUCCUUCCAGCCAGGUGCAUGCGGAUGUCCAGCAGCUCAAGCCGAGCUUGGUGAACCGUCUGCACUGCCAGUGGGAAAGCCUUUGGCAAGAAGCUCCAGUUCUGGUUGGAGGACCUCUGCCCCUCCUCCAGAUACUCUUCCUUCUGCCCCAACCCAUGCUCCCUUUAGGGACUGCAGCGAGCUGCCACACCAGGGAGUAACGAUACACUGUGUCCAUGGGAAGGAAGCAGAACCUUUUUAUUUCUUUGAAGGAUGGGUAUGUCUUACUUCCAGGGCUGAAGGAACGAAUGAAAAUGUGCAUACUUUUAUUUAUUGGGUAGGCCAGUAGCAUUUUAUGUACAGAAGUAAAUGCAAGUGUGUGCCUGUGUGUGGAUAAAGUCACUCAUGCAGACAACUCGCUGACGCACUUAGGCAGGUCCCUUGUCCUCUCCGGGCCUCUCCUCCCUUUCCUGAGAUGAGAGGCGAAAAGACGUAAUCCCGAGAUCUCUCGCAACUGUCAGUUCCAACUACUUUGCCAGACGGGCAAGUCAUAGUGGCCUCUUCUUCCAUUGAGGGUUUUCGGGUAUCUCGUAAUUCUGUAGGCACACAUAUAUGCAUCACUAAAGAAUAUUUUUUCCUAAAAGACUGGAACGUCAGUUCUUCUUUGAUAAGUACGUUCCUCAUGUAAUAUUAUUCUUUUUAACACCGUUUGAGGGAAACAAUAUUUGGGCCUUUUUUUGAGGUCAACUACCUCUAAGAAAAAGUAAAUAUAAAACACGCACAGCUUCUGAAAAUGACUCCCCCCCCCCAGAAUUGUGAGCCAAAUCUUAUAGCAAUUACUGUACAGACAACAGAUGAUUCUAGAUCUUUAAAGGGCUCUCCCAGACGAAAAGGGAGUAUAGAACAAAAGGGGUAACCACUAUUUUUGAUAAGUUACUUGAGUUUCAUUGUUCUUUUAGUUUGGGUUCUGACAAAAAUGUUUAUGCUCCUCGGAUUGACUCUUUUUAGUAUUAUGGCUUUGUUUUCCUGUUUUGUGAAAAAGUCAAUAACCUUUUUGUAAUAUUGUCUGUGAAGUAUGACUAUUAAUAUAUGAAGAACAAACCUUGAAGUGCUGCAAAAUACAGUGAAGUGUAAACUACUCUGAACAUGUUAUCACCCACGCGUGAAGAAUUCCAGACGAUUGUAUAAUUAUCUUCGCGGAUAAAUAUUUUAUGCAUGACCUUUUCGCCUUUGGCUCUGCUUCUUUCCCACUGCAAAGGGGGAGGCAGAUUUUAUGAAGGAUUUUAGUAGCAGAUGUAUUUUGUAAAAUGAAAAUCCAGUGUGGAGACGGGAAAGCACACGGCUGAAUCUGCUUUGAGUCACGUGGGGAAAUAAAAUGGCUCCAUCUGGAAA